GAAGACCACUGUAUCGUUUCUCAAAAUUAUUAUUCGUUUACGAAGACUAAUACAGUUCAAAUAUCGCGAGCUUUUCAUGCGAAGGUAUCACAUCUUAAAAGCUCACGCAAAGAGUAGUGCAACUGAAAAGUUUCUGCGAAGAGUAGUACAAUUUUGCAACUUGAAAGCUCCUAUGUAGCACAAUUUUAAAGUUCCCGCGUACACUAGCACAACUUGAUUGCUUCCUGCAAAUUUUAGCAAAACUCGACUGCCCAUGGUCAAGAAAAGCACAAAUCAGAGUAUCCUAACAAAACUUAGCCAUUCCUGGAAGUCCUUGUCUUAAAUUAACAGUUUUUGAAGCUUCCUGCCAAUCGGAAAUGAUUAUUUUGUUAUUUGGAAUAUAAAAUAUGAAAUGUUAUCGUAUUUUUUAGCAGUUUAUAAUUGUCUGAACACAUAUUAAAAUUGAACACAUAAUUAUAAAAAAAUCUGUACUAAUUAAAAGUUGUCGACUUGUAGUGUCCGUCUAUUGUUGAUUUUUUACGUGAGAAUGGUUCUAAACACCGUUAAAUGAAAUAUGUAGUUACUAUGGAAACGCCAACUUUAAGCAGAUAUUGAUUUUUCAAAGAUUUCUUAAGUAUUAAUAGCGACGUUCGAAGAGACAGCAAAUACACACGGUCAUUUAAAAAAGUUAGUUCGAAAAAGUUCAUUAUACUGAACAGAUACGAAACCGCAAUGUCGCUUGACGCCAUUAUAGAUUAUUCCUAUUUUAUGAAGAAUCGUGAUCGACUUCUAAAACUUAUUCAGUUUUUAAAAGAUAAUUUGGAAGUGACUGACGAAAAUGUGGCAUCAAGAGAAAUCCAGGAAAAAAUAACGAGAAAUGGACUUGGACUUCGUAAUACUUAUUCUGUCUCUACAAUGGCUUGUCUUCCACAAUUUUUUGCAACUUCUGGCAGAGUUCAACAUUUUUGCACUGCAUCUCUAGAAAUGAUAGCUGGUCACAGAGAUUUAGCAUUGUACAUCAUUCACUAUCUAAAAAAUGUACCAGAAGUUCCAGAAAAAUAUCCAUUUUUCAAAUGCUCUCUGGUAACAGCAAACUAUACCGCCGCAUUUUCAAAGUGAGGCAAGUUGAAAAGGUUUCGAAAGAGGAGAGUCGAGCAAUGCAGCACGUUCUACAAUCGAAAAACUACUACAAUGAUUACUUUGAUUUGAAGUGAAGGCCAGUUGAUCCAUCUUGGAGAGAAGACGAUUUUUUGACUAGGGUUCAAGAAUUUAUGCAAGUAUUUUAUUUAGUGUAAAAUUCAAUUUUACGGUCCUAUACUCGACAGUGUAAUAGUAUAUACUCCACGAGGAGCGUAAAAUGUGUAGUGUAGUUUCCGCCCGGAAAGUGUACAGUAUGCAGUACUUAUUAUUAUUAUUACUUUUAUUUUUAUUUUCAGUCAACAUCAAAUUGCAUUUGACGAAAAGAAAGAAGAGAAACGAUUACAAAGAACAGGUUAUGAGACUGAGGAUAAAGACGAAGAAGCUCAAGGGCAAGAAGGAGAAGAUCUUAAUGCAGCCCCUGUUGAAAAUAUAUACCUGGAUAUCCAGGUGGAUUUUCCAUAUGGAUAAUCUAUAUGGAUUCAUGUGGAUUCUAUAUGGAUUUAUGUGGAUUCCAUGUGGAUAUUCCAUACGGAUUACGAUCCAUUAGUAUUAAUAAGAAGAAGAUUUGCUGUAAUACGAAGAGAUCGGAUUUAAUAGAUCAAGCAUUUGGAUGGAGGAUUAAUAAAUUGUAUUUUAUAGUAUUUAAUAAGAAUCGGUUUUAAUUCGACGGAUGUAAGAAAUUUUUAUGAUCGGAACCAAUCGUUUCCAAUUAUUUCAAAGUACUAUAUCGGAUAUUAUAGAUUUGCAUGUUAAUCGGAGGUAAUCAGUAUUAAUUUGAAUAAGAUUAAAUCCGUGUUUUUCCGAUUUCAUGUAAUAGGAAGAGAUCAGAUUCAAUAAAACGGAUAUUUUGGCGUCAGAAUGGCAAAUUUUUUCUA